AGCUUAUCCCUCCCCAAAACCCCAGCUCCGUUCCGCCUCGCCUCCUCUCCCCCGUUCCUCCGGCCGCCGGCGCGGCCGCCCCCUCUCCACCAUCGCCGCCGUACCAUACCACACCUACACGAAGCCCCCCAAAAUGGCGUCUUGCCCUCCGUUUCUCCUAGCCCCACAACCCCCACCUCCGCUCGUCGCCGUCCGCCUCCGCCGCUCGCCUCUCGCCGGCCGCGCACACCUCCUAACCAGCCGCUACCCCCGCCCCCGCCGCCGCCAGAGCUUCCGCUCCUCCUCCUCCCCCUCAUCCUCGUCUUCGUCCUCCUCCGGCCCUCGCAAGCGCUCGCCCAGGCCUCAGCAGCGCACGGAGCAGCGGCCCGGCCGGGGCAGCGGGAGCGCCGUCGACCCCGUCGGCUUCCUCGCCAAGACCGGCGUCUCCGACCGCGCGUUCGCCCAGUUCCUCCGCGACCGGCACAAGGCUUUCAAGGACCGGAGAUGGGAUGUGUGCUCCCGGUUUAUCGAUCUGAAAGAGGGCUCCUCUGGGUUUGAGCUAAUGGGAAUGCACCGCCAUCGGCAACAUCGUGUGGAUUUCAUGGAGUGGGCACCAGGUGCUCGGUAUUGUGCUCUGGUUGGUGAUUUUAAUCAUUGGUCGGCAACUGAAAACUGUGCACGAGAAGGUCAUUUGGGACAUGAUGAUUUCGGGUAUUGGUCUGUCACACUUGAGGAUAAGCUCAGAGAAGGGCAAGAACCAGAUGAAUACUUUUUCCAGGAGUACAAUUAUGUGGAUGACUACGAUAAAGGUGACAAGGGUGUUGAUGUUGAAGAUUUAAUCCGUAGAAUGAAUGAAGAGUAUUGGGAACCUGGAGAAAUUAAGUCACGCAAGUCUCAGUUGGAGAGAGUCGCGAGGUUAUACGAGGAGAUGUUUGGCCCCAAUAGUCCACAGACAGAAGAGGAGCUGGGUGAAAUACCUGAUGCUCAAACCAGAUAUAACAACUGGAAAGCCACACAGAAGGAUGGGCCGUCCAGUUCAGCUCCUUCCUACGAUAUCAUUGAUACUGGGCAGGAGUUUGACAUUUUUAAUGUGGUAACUGAUCGAGCAUCAUUUGAAAAGUUUCAAACAAAGGCACCUCCCCUUGCUUACUGGGUUGAAAUGAGGAAAGGAAGAAAAGCCUGGAUAGAGAAAUAUGUUCCAGCGAUUUCUCAUCAAGACAAGUACAGGGUUUAUUUUAAUACUCCUGAUGGUGCUUUAGAACGUGUGCCUGCUUGGGCAACUUAUGUUCUUCCAGAUGCGGAAGGGAUGCAAUCCUAUGCAGUACAUUGGGAGCCUCCUCCAGAAGAAAUUUACAAAUGGAGAUAUGGACGACCGAGAGUCAAAGGCUCACUUAGGAUUUAUGAAUGUCAUGUUGGAAUAAGUGGAUCCGAGCAGAAAAUAUCAUCGUUUCAGGAGUUCACAUCCGACGUCCUACCUCACAUAAAAGACGCUGGAUAUAAUGCUGUUCAAAUAAUUGGAGUUGUGGAGCACAAGGAUUACUCCUCCGUUGGUUAUAAGGUCACAAACUAUUUUGCAGUCAGUAGCAGAUUUGGCACCCCAGAUGACUUCAAAAAACUAGUGGACGAGGCACAUGGCCUUGGGUUACUGGUUCUUCUUGAUAUUGUCCACUCCUAUGCAUCGGCUGAAGAAAUGGUGGGCUUAUCUCUUUUUGAUGGCUCUAACGAUUGUUACUUCCACAGCGGGAAAAGAGGGCAACACAAGUACUGGGGCACCAGAAUGUUCAAAUAUGAUGAUGUUGAUGUUCUGCACUUCUUGUUGUCUAAUUUAAAUUGGUGGGUCACUGAAUACCGGAUUGAUGGAUUCCAGUUUCACUCACUCUCUUCUAUGUUAUAUACUCACAAUGGUUUUUCUACAUUUACUGGUGCCAUAGAAGAGUACUGUAAUCAAUAUGUUGACAAGGAUGCACUGAUAUAUCUAAUCCUAGCAAAUGAGAUGUUACAUGAACUCCAUCCAGAUAUUAUAACAAUAGCGGAGGAUGCAACAUAUUAUCCUGGGUUAUGUGAACCAACCACCCAAGGUGGUUUAGGAUUCGACUACUGGGCCAAUCUUUCUAUUCCAGAAAUGUGGUUGUGGCAUCUUGAAAAUGUUCCUGAGCGAGAAUGGAGCAUGAAUAAGAUUAUGAAAGUAUUGAUAAGCAGCAACGAUAAUAUGCUAUCUUAUGUUGAAAAUCAUAACCAGUCAAUAUCAGGGCGGAAGUCUUUUGCUGAGAUAAUUCUUAAUACAGGAAUGUGCUCUAGUGGUUCAGUAGAUGACGAUUUGAUCUUCCGAGCUUCCUCAUUGCUCAAGAUAAUCAAAUUAAUUACGUUUACAACAAGUGGAGGUGCAUAUCUGAAUUUCAUGGGUAAUGAAUUUGCUCAUCCAAAGAGAGUUGAGUUUCCUAUGUCAAGCAAUGACUAUUCGUUCCAAUUAGCUUGUCGGAAGUGGGAACUACUGGACAAGGGUGUCCACAAACAUGUUUUCAGUUUUGACAAGGAUAUAAUGAGCUUGGAUGAAAAUGAAAGGAUAACAAAGAGAGGCUCACUCAAUGUUCAUCAGUGCGAUGAUACAAGCAUGGUGAUAUCUUUCACGAGGGGGCCUUUCCUUUUUGUAUUUAAUUUCAAUCCAGAACUCUCCUAUGAACUACAUCGUGUUGGUGUAGAUGAAGCUGGGGAAUAUCAACUUAUCUUAAACACGGAUGAAACUAAAUAUGGUGGCCGUGGGGAGCUCAAUAGUAGUCAGUAUAUGAAGAAGACCAGUGACAAAAGGGUUGAUGGCUGUCGGAACUCCUUGGAAUUGGCAUUAUCAUCUAGAAGUGCUCAGGUAUACAAGUUGGUCCGAAUCUUAAGAAUUUAGGCUCGAACAAUAAUUACUGUGACAGACAAAGUAAUCCGUAUCCUCCAAAGAUGGGCUAUCAUCGCCAAUGUUUAUAGCAAGUUGGAAACACUGGUGACAAAAACGAGACUGGAGCACCAUACAAGUCGAUCUACCCCAGCACAGGGCAAGUUUGAUGGAAAAAGCUUUGCCUGUACUAUGAACUCUGUCAGGGAGCAAGUUCUCACAAAUAAAGCAUGACAUCUUAGCUACUGUACACAGGGACAUAUCCUGAUGCCUUGUCUGGAUUAUGAAAUCGUCUCCCUCCAGAUAUGCAGGGGAACUCCCAUAGAUACAGCAUGGGUGUGCGGUCGCCCGAUUGAUGAUGUACGGUUCAGAUCGAGCAUAGUGGAGCAAUGUGUUGAAUGUUUCCUUGUUAUGACGGUGGCUUAGGGUGUGUUUGGAUCUGAGCCAAAGUUGGCCUUACCAAAAUGUUGGCACGCCCGUGAACCCUGCGUGUUGUUUGGUUGGGCACCAAAAAUUUGGCAAGCCCCUAGCCCAGCUGAAUGUGCAGUGUAAUUUUUGCCAAUGCGUGGGCAAGUUUAGGGCGGCAGAUUCCUCCGCCAAAAUUUUGGUAGUGCCAAAAUUGGCAGGGCUUCUUGGGGCACGAACCAAACAGGCUCUUAAUCUUAGCUACAAGGUCCACACCCUGUUGAUCAGCAAACUGAGCAGCUGCAGCAACUGUUGUUGACUUAGCAUUGGCAAAGCUAAUUAUUAACUAGUUAGAGUAAUCUUUGUGCAAGACAAGAGGAUUGGUGUUAGGAUGUGAAGAUCAAGUAGGCAGGAAUAGGUUCGACAUCUGCAGAAGAGACAAAAAUGGCAACAGCCUCGUAGAUCAGACAAGUGUGAACUGUCAGUGUAUUGUAGCCACUGCCAAUUGCCAUAAGAUUUGGCACUUAGAGGUAUCAUAUGUUGCAGGCUCAAGUGUGUUUUUGCAGUGAAGUAGCCUGAUGUAUAGUGCCUUGGGAUUUAUCCACGAAUACAGUAGCAAGACAUACUUUUCUUUGUCUUGAAAAGAUUGGCUGCAAGCAGUUUUAAUUGAUUAGCAGAUGUUUGUUACUUUA